AUGCGGAGGCAAGAGCCGGAAGUUCCCCUGAGAACGGGCCUUCCCGCGAAAACCGCCGGCCGGAACUGCCAGGAGGUCCCGCCUCCGGGCGGAACUCCGGGUUGCCGGGCAACCGCGGUGGGAGACGCAGGCUGGCUCGGUGUUCCGUGGGGCAAUCCGAGUGUAGCUCCCACCUCCUGUCCUGGCAACUUCCUUUCCCGGCCGCCUUCCUUCUUGCCGCCUCUCCUUGCGUCGGGGAAUCCCUGCCCUUGGCAAUACGUACACCUCUCCGGCUCCCGAGACCGCUUAGCGCCCACCUGCUUGAAAGCCGGUACUCACCCGAAGCGGAGCAACCUGGCCUCGGGCGUGGCCUCCACGCUGACCGACCGCACCUGCUCGGCCAUGGGCACCUACACCUACACCUACACCAGCCGGCCUCGGGCCCUGCCCUGCCAGCGCCGCCGUUACCGGGACCACCUGAUGCAGCUUGCUGAAGAGCCUGUGCAUCAUGGAAACAUAAUGUAUGACAGAAGGGUGGUCCGAGGCAAUACUUAUGCUCUACACACAGGACCGCUGCCUGGGCAGCCUGAUCCUAUAGAGAUUCAGAGACAGCAACAGGCUAAGAGGAGGGCUCUUGCCAAAAAACGAGCUCAAGAACAGUUCAGACCACGAACACCCGAGCCCGUGGAAGGCAGAAAGCACGUGGAUGUGCAGACAGAAAUGUACCUUGAAGAAAUUGCUGACCGCAUAAUGGUUGAUGUGGAAUGCCAAACAGAUGCAUUUUUGGACAGACCACCAACACCACUCUUUAUUCCUGCCAAAACUGGCAAGGAUGUGGCCACCCAAAUACUAGAAGGAGAGCUCUUUGACUUUGAUCUUGAAGUUAAACCAAUGUUAGAAGUUCUGGUGGGAAAGACCAUUGAGCAGUCUCUUUUGGAAGUAAUGGAAGAAGAAGAGUUGGCUAACCUGCGGGCCAGUCAGUAUGCGUAUGAAGAGUUACGCAACGUGGAACUUGCUGAAGUCCAGCGACUUGCAGAGCAAGAGAAACGACACAGAGAGGAAAAAGAGCGCCGGAAGCGACAGCAGUGGGAGGUGGUGUACAAACACAGCGAGACGGCGCAGAAAGUGGCGGCGCGCGUGUUCGCCCAGCGGUACCUGGCCGACCUUCUCCCCUCGGUGUUCGACAGCCUCCGGGACGGCGGCUACUUCUACGACCCCGUUGAAAGAGAUAUUGAAAUAGGAUUCCUUCCAUGGCUAAUGAAUGAAGUUGACAAAACCAUGGAAUACAGUAUGGUGGGAAGAACAGUGCUUGACAUGUUGAUUCGUGAGGUGGUUGAGAAGAGACUGGCUGCGUAUGAGCAGAGGGACGACCAGCCCCCGGCCGGGAAGCCUAAGGACGAGCUCGGGGAGUCCGGGAGGAUGACAGAACCACCAGUGGGUUAUGAACUCCAGGAGCAAAGCACAGCACAGCCACAGAGGCCACUUCCGGGAAGAGACUCCCUGCAAAGAACACCAGAUGAUGGAAGGUAUAUGGAGAGUGUGUUAGCCCAAGAAACGAAGCUUAUGGAAGAAGCAGAGUAUGAGCAAACAAAAAUAAGGAAAACCUCGGGGACAGAAGUGCUACAACCAAGGGGAGACUUCCAGCCAUGAAACCAAUCAACGGCCGGUCAGCAUUGCAAGCAAUCAGGUAAUGGUGCGCAGGCCCCCUCAGGUUAUGGAAAUUAUGCUGCAUUUACUCAACAUGUCUUUUUGUCUACUGGAUUGGACAAAUCAAAUAUGUUGAAAUAAUAAAACUAAUUAAAAUGAAA